AAAUAAUCUGAAGAAAAACAAGAGAAAAAUUUCUCAAAUCGAUUUGAGCUUGCAUAAGUAGUUUAUGAGAAUGGAAUAUUUCUGAUCAUCUAAAAUUAACUUGUUUUUAUUUCCAAUGAAAAUCAUCGGAAAAAUCUGACAAAAAUUCUAUUGAUGAAUAUUCUUUCGAAGUUCUGUCGAUUGUUUCGAGUUUUUCUCUUGAAUAAAAUAAUUAUUUCUAAAUAUAAAAAUAAUCGAGUUGAUAAAUUAAAUUUGAAUAAAAAUAAAUAAAUUAAUGUUGAAUUAUUUAAAAAGAUUCAUGUGUUUUAUCUGAUCGAAAUUGUUUAUUAACAAAAGAAGAAUUAUCAUCAUCGGAAUUAUCUUCAACAAUAGCUGAACAAAUUCGUCAAAUUAUUUCAACAAAUAUGAUUAAAUCAUCUUGUUUGAAUUCAAAUGAAGAAUUUGAUAUAGAAAAUCGAACAAAAACAAAUUCAUUUGAUUCAUUGUCAAAUAUAAUUAAAUUUGAAGAUAAUUAUAAUUCACAAUCAAAUAUUCACUUUAAACAAACAACAAAAGAUUUAAAUGAUUAUCAACAACAAUUUCAAUCAGCUGAACAAAAUAUUUUAUCACAAGAUAAUCUAAAUCAAACAUCUUUUUCUUAUACGAUAUCGAAUCAAAAUAAUUCAUCACUUGUUCAACCAUCAUUUUAUUAUUCAUCAUCAUCAUCAUCAAUACCAACAGAUAAAACUUCAUUAAAUUCAUUUCAAUCAUCCUAUGAUUCACUUGCUAAGACAUUUAAUAUAAAAUCACCAUUAAAACAAACAACAACAACAACACCAUUAACAACAUCCGAUGUUGUUUGUAAACCUUCUGAAUAUAUGUAUCCAUCAACAUCAAUUACAAAUCAAAAUUCUUAUCAAACAAUGCCUAAUUCAGCAGCAGCUGAUGCAGCAGCUGCUAUUUUUCAGGCAUAUUCACAAUUCAAUAGUCGAACAACACCAAUAUCUUCAAUUAUUAAUCAACAAACAAACAUUCAACAGCAACAAAUUCGAAAAUAG